CUCGGCGCUAUUGGGUAGACCUUGGAUACACAAAUACCAGGUUGUUCCCUCUACGUUGCACCAAUGCUUCAAGUUCGUGGAUAAUAAAGGAGAACAACAUCGAAUCAUCGGUAAUUUGUCCCCAUACACGGUGCAAGAAGUGCACCAUGCAGAUGCUAAGUACUUCUUCCCUAGCACCGGUGGAGAAGAGCGUUUGGGUCGCUCGACCCCAGCAGUGGAUGUCAUGGUCACACCCGACCCAACAUCCUCCAGUUCCGAGAUGGAGUUCCUAAUCACACCAUGCUCAAGACAACGAAGCUCUUUCCCUCGCGUUCGUGGCAGUAGGGACCGAGGAAAGCUUCGAUCGUACGCUCCCGUGUCUCGACGACAACAAGGACCGGGGGCAAUCAAAGAGGACAAUUCAGGCACGUUCUGGAGUUGGAACUCCGCAUCGCCCACCUCCACGACGCCCUUAAUCAUGGGGAACUUGGAGGCCUCUUCGUCAGCGCCAUCAAUGACUACUACCCUGACAAGGUCAAAAGCAAGGCCCUGGAUAGAGAUGCCUUUCGUUAAAGAUGAAGGGAAUACACCUUCCCCGAUACUUUUCGAGUAUAAUGCUAAUAUAGAAAAGCCUCUUAUAACAGUGCAUGAGGGCUCAACAGAUGCCCCUCCAGCCACUGCGCAAACACUUCAGGUGACUAAUAAAGCGGCCACCUCUACAUCCCCCGAGCAUAAAGAGGGGAGAGUGAAGAAGAUAGUCGCUAAAAUAGAGAAGGUGGCCUCGAGCUCCCCUCUUCUUCCGCUUCCAUCACUUUACACUUCAGUUGCUACACCAUUAGAAGUCUGGGUUGUUCCUGAUCCUCAGGGAUACACAAGCCCGACCCUUUUCUAUAAGGUUCCACAUACUCAGUGCUGUAACCUUGUGUUGAAUUUUCCAGAUACUGAAUCGGAUAAGGAGGAGAUCAUCGGGACUUUGAGGGUGGAACCAAACAUGGUCCCCUUACUCGAGAGGUCCGGAAUAAAGCUCCGAAGGAAUCAGCGAUUACCAUCUCCGCCCAACGUGUGUGAAGAGUGGUGGAGCCAGUCAGAACGACUCGUGAAAAAGGGUCGUCUCCCUCGUACUAGGUGAAGACUGGGGGCACGAGGAUGAUGAAGAAAUGCCAUCCGAUGAAGAGGACUUGAUCGAGACAUAUGAAGUCCCUCAUCAGCCUCGAUCAUUCUGCGCUGCUGCAAACGCGCGACAUGGCUUGAGAGAUGAGCAA